AUGGCAGCCUUUUGGGUGGUGGAGUCAGAUGGGGCAGAUUUUUUGGAGUGCCCACUUUCCUAUCCAACACUUUGCCAUUGUCCUCAUCUCCUUGCUGCAAGCUGUUGUUGCUUCCAUGGUGUGACCAUACCAACACUCUGUUCCGCCAGUCUCUGGCCAUGGAGGAUCCUGACCGAUCAGAGACAAGCUUCUCCAACUACAGAGAUAACCACUGCAGCCACUAACAGCAUUGACUAUUCAACUACUGAAGUCCCAUCUACUAAAACUAAAGCAAUCCCAACCUCAACCACAGAAGGUAAUCAGCCCAAUCUUUCAGGCACCAACCUCAAGCUCUUGGUGAUCCCAGUCCUGGUGUUAUUGAUCGCUGCUGUAGUUGGAUUCAUCGUAUGGUUCAAGAGAAAAAACAGGAAACGCAAGAAAUCUUGGAUAAGUCGGAUAAGACUGGGAGGGAACAUUCCAGAAGCAAGGGACAGAGUGUCACUGGUGAAAGUUCUCCCUUCACCUCAAUAUUUGUCUUCCACACCACAAUUGGCCGGUUUAUCAGGCACAGCAUCAGGAACACAUGCUGUACAGCCCAUGCAAUUCACCAUUGGGGACCUAUCUUUACUCGAAGUUUUGAAGAUUGGGAAGCAGGGGAACUUCUACCGAGCAAAAAUCACCCGGGGCAACUGCAAAGGCCAUCGGCUGGUGACCUGCAAGCUGACCAUGAGGAGUGUAUCCCAGCAUAAGCUGCAGGUGGAGGUGGGCAUCAUGAACAAAUUGGGCUAUCACAAGAAUAUCAUUCAGCUCCUAGACUGGAACAUCUCACAGGAGCCCUACGUUCUGAUAAUGGAGCAUGUGGGAAACUGGAACCUGAAAACCUUUUUACAGAAUAACAAGCCCCAGCUGACCAGCAGUAAGAACCUACAAACCCAGCUGACAUUAGCAGCCUAUUUCAUUUCACUGGGGAUGGAACACAUCGCGUCAAGAAAGGUAAAUGCUCGGUUUCGUACGGCUCAGCUUGGGACAGCUUGA